AGCGUUAAUCCACGACAGCAGCAGGUGUUUGACAUUAAACCAAAAACAUGCUUCCGGUUGGAAAAUAGGUGGACAAUGGCUGCUUUGUCUCUGCAACUAAACACAACUCGUUGACUAAAAGCUUAACCUUCUGUCGUUUCUCUCAUGAGGAGCCAGAGCUGACCUUUUGCCAGGAUGGAGGUGGCCCCCGCUACCCUGCAGACGCCGUUGGAGCCCCUGAGGAGGGGGACCCCUCUGCCUCUGAGCCAGCUGGUGGAGGAGAGCAGGAGCGGAGCCCAAAUCACCAAUCCUCUACUGGAAUCAAAAAUCUAUGCCAAACUGAAAAGCAACAGCCUGAUCCAAGCAGAGCCCUCAGAGCUUCACUUCAGUGGGUUUGAGCUGGGGAAGGAUUACAUAAAGAUCCUGAAACUAAUCAACAUCUCAUCUGAAGUCAUGAAUAUUCACAUCAUCCCGACCCAAACCAAGCACUUCCAAACAACUUAUACUAAAAAGUAUCGACUCAUCCCAGGCCUCGCCUACACACUGAAGGUCAGGCUCUGUCCCGACGAGUGGCGUUACUUCUAUGACUGCAUUCGGGUUCACUGCAAGGGGGAAGAGAACCUGUUAAUUCCAGUUCAUGCUUACCCUGUCAUCGAUGACCUGCACAUCCCUCCUCAUAUCGACCUAUCAGCCGUACCACUUGGACAAAGUGUUCGCCAUGUUAUUCCUCUGAGAUGCAGCUGCCCCAUUGACUUUGAGUUCCAGGUCUACGUUGUUCAGCCCCACAGGGCCUUCUCCAUCCAUCCCCUUACAGGUGUGAUACCAGCCAAUGGUGAAGAGAAGAUCCUGGUGACCUUCAGUCCUUUCCAAUAUGAUACUUGUCAGGUCACCUUCCAGCUGAUCAUCUCCCAGUUCAACUGCAGACCUUACCUCUGUACCAUCACUGGGCGCUCCGCCCCUCACCUAGCCCUUAGUGAGCUGGGGAGAAAGUCAGGUCAUGGAGAUGCAGUGCCUGCAGAAUACAAAGGUACUUCACCUGCAGGCCAAACGCCCCCUCGAAGUAAACCCAAAUACCGGUCAACCAGGGACGCCGACAAAUCAAAGACAUUGAGAGAUCAGGCUGAUGUUAAGCCCGGACCAAAGCCUCCAGUUGAUGUCUGCACCCCUGCAGGGGUGGCAAAGAUGCUGAUCAAAGACACCGAUAAGCUGAGCUCUAAAGACCUGAGGGAAGCCAUAUCCUGUGGCAGCACGGUUGGUCUGCAGAACAGGCAGAUGAAGGAAGCCCUGUUCAUGAAAAAGCUUCAACAAAACGUGAAGGACGAGCAAGCCAACCAGCUCAGAUGGCAAGUCCAUCUUGGUAAGGACCCUGUGUCAGAGCACACCAGGCAGCAGAUAGCAGAGGAGAGAGAGAUUGCACUGCAUGUAUACCUGGUCAAAAGGGGAGAUGUACGGCACGAGGAGGACUUCUCUGCUGGGAAUCCUAAACUUUCUUCCAGACGAGUGCUUUGUGAAGCCGGACAGGCCUGCGAGGGAGCCCCGUCCUUCCAGUUUUACUCCAGUUUCCAGUGGGAGCUGAGACACAGAGCCCUCAGACUGUUCCAGCAGGCAGCACGCAAGACGGUGAUCCGAUGUCGCAUGAACCGCAGACUGACCUGUUUGAAGAAACUCUCAGACAGCAUGAAGAACUCGCCCUUGGCAAAGAAAGAGGAGACCACUUGUGAUCUGACGAUAUCGCCAGACAAAAUCUUUCCAUUUGCUUUCCCUGUCUUCUCUAAUGAAGACGACCCACUGGCUCCCAGUAAUUUGGUCCCGGUGCCUGUGGAUCCUAUUGAUGUGACUGUGACAACGCAUAUUCCUUUCUUCAAGCUUCAAGUUCCCCAGCACUAUAAGCUGAUGGGCUACCAGUCUGUGUCAGCCUGGAAUGCUUUCAACUCUUAUACGCCCACCACUUUGGCCAGACCGCUUCGCACUGGAGCUCCGGACGAGCUGGUGCCCAAUGAGGUCGGGGCGCAAUCUCCCACGACAGUGGAGCCCAAAGCGUGGGAGGAACAGCGGCGUGAAAAUAAGAAGGGGGAUGUGAAGGCUGGCCGUCUCUCCUUCAGCGCCCCCGAAGCUAUGCUCAGACCUUUUCCAGCAAACCCACUCCGAAUCUUCAACCCAGCUCCAGGCCUGCAGACCUACAAACCGACCCCUAAAUACCUGGAGAGUGACCCGGAGUGCCACCUCUGCCCUAUGCCCAGGUAUACAAUCCCUGAGAGCAACAUGUGUGGCAGAGGGACACAAACCCCACACACUCAGAAGUCUCUGGAUCACAAAGAAGUGAUCAAAGGGCUCAUGACAUGGAGGGAUUUUGAUUCGCUUACCUCCAAGUGUCUGUCCAACCAACCUGCUCUCACCAGUGACUGUGCACCUCGCAGGUCUGUGGACUACUGCACAGAUACACUUCCACUCACAGCACCCCCUCCUCUCACCGGCCCUCCUGAUGAUCUGCCACCACUAAUGGACAAAACGUUUGAAGGCUCAGGAUUACAACUAACACCAGAGAUUAUCGGAGCAGAGUUCUUGUCUGCGGAAGCUCUGGUCUCCAAUAGCAACCUCACCAGCAAAACCACAGUCAGGCACCAGAGGGAGCUUCAGGUGGAGGCGACCUACACGUCUGAGCUCAACCAGAUGGGGAAAAGAGUGAUGGCCAGGCUGAAGCACUUUGAAAUCACUGACAGAAAUUCACCAGGAGAGGACUGUGAAUAGGCAAAACACCCCCACACACACUUCCAGAAACACCUCCAAAUAGGCUCUCUUCACACACACCCACACACACGCUCACACACACAAUCGCAGCACUACAAAUACCAUCCUACUCACCUAUACGAGACUCUCAUUGUUUGUCCUGCCACUUCCGUAAAAUAAAACCUGGUUACUUUCUCGCCCACGUAUAAGCCUCCCUCCCUCACACCCACCCACUCAAAAUUACAGUAAGCUUUUCCUACAAAGCCUGGAAAUUCGAUAUCCCUCCACCCACACAGAUCCAUGCACAAGCACAGUUACAGUAUAUUCUAACAAGCUACAUAACAUUACUGACAACUACAUUCAAUUCAAUAGGACAAGUCUGCAUCUCUGUGCUGUAGGUAAUGGUGUCGUAGAAGCAAGUGAGCAAUUUCUUCUAACCUGUAUUUUAUUGCAAACAAAUUUGUCAUGCUUGAUUUUUAGUGACAGUUAAACAUGA